UUAAUUAGAUCACGUGACAUAGCUUGAUAAAACGCCACGCUUCUCUUUCAAAAUCUAAAGUAGGUCAGGAAUUUGGAAGCAACAAGAUCUCAAAUAAUUAAACAUGCCUGAAUUUGGAAUGCGCCGUGGGGGUGGCAGAGGAGGCCGUGGUGGUGGUGGCAGAGGAGGGGGUGGGCGAGAUGACUACCUUGACCCCGAAUCUGAACAGUUCCGUAAAUUAUUUAUUGGUGGCCUUAGCUACGAAACUUUAGAAGAUGGUCUAAAGGGACAUUUUGAACAGUGGGGUGAAAUCGUUGAUUGUGUCGUGAUGAAAGAUCCCAACACAAAAAGGUCUCGUGGUUUUGGUUUUGUCACAUUUAAAGAAUCCUCCAUGUUAGAUGAAGCUCAGAAAAACAGACCACACACAAUAGAUGGACGUGAAGUUGAAUCCAAGCGAGCCAUGCCCAGAGCUGAAUCUGGUCGUUCAGAAUCUCAGCAAUCUGUAAAGAAGAUGUUUAUUGGUGGAAUGAAGGAUGACACCACAGAUGAUCAGAUUCGUGAUGUUUUCAGUCCGUUUGGUCAAAUUGAAUCCAUUGACAUCAUCAAGGACAAAGCUACAGGAAAACCCAAGGGAUUCGCCUUUGUUACCUUUGAUGAUUAUGAUACAGUUGACAAAUGUGUUUUAAUCAGCAAACAUGAUUUAAAUGGAAAGAAAGUUGAUGUAAAGAAAGCACAAGCUAAAGAUGGCGGUCGAGGUGGUGGUCGCGGAGGUGGUCGAGGCGGGGGACGUGGUGAUUAUGGUGGUGGUAGCCAGAGUUAUGGCGGAGGCGGUGGUUACGGAGGAGGAUCCGGAGGUGGAUACGGAGGUGGUGGUUAUGGAGGUCAGAGCGGUGGAGGCUACGGAGGUGGCGGCUAUGGAGGCGGUGGCUGGGGAAACCAGGGAGGAGGUUAUGACAGCUCCUAUGGAGGUGGAUACAACCAAGGAGGUGGCGGUGGAAACUGGGGAGGUGAUAGUGGUUUCGGCUCCGGAUAUGGAGGCAGUUAUGGCGGUGGAGCCAUGAAGGGUGGAAAUUAUUCACAGAGAGAUACAGGACCUUACGGAUCUGGUUACGGUAGUCAAGGUGGUAACUAUGGCGCUGGUGGCGGUAGUGGUUACGGAGGUGGAUACAGCCGUCAUUAAACAUCAUUUCAUUCAACAGGCUUCAUUUUUACAGGUAGGCUAUAAAUAAAACACAAUCCAGAUUAGUGAAAAAGACAGCUUUAGUUGUGUAGUGUUUCCAAGAAGAAUUUAGUUCCCUUUUUUCUAAGGACAGGCAGGAUUAUUUCCCUUUGAAUAUGUAUCAUAUGCAGCAGGAUAACCUUUCUUUGAAUAGAGAAGCAGAAUGAGAUUAGUGAAGAAUUGUGAAUAGCGACAGUUUAGGGAUAAGUUACCUCCCUUUAAUAAGAGAAAUAGCCGCCGAGUUGAACAGGUUUUCUUGUGAUCGAGAGAAUAAAUUCAAUCUUGCGAUUCCUACCAGAAGUCGUCGUCAUGUAAAUAGACAAGAAUCAAGUGUGAAAACUAUCGACCAUUUGUAUAAUCGUGUUUUUUUUUUUUAAAAGAAAAUAAUUUGUUAAAUUUCUAUUUCUUGUGUUGAAGAUUCCCCGAUUGAAAUAAAAGAAACAAAUUAUUUAGACAAUUUUAAAAAAGCCUUUCUCUCAAAAAAAGAGCCAGUGCUACUUUCAUUUUUGUAUCAUUUAUUUGUGAUUUUAUGUCAUUGUGUAUUUAUUUUGUUGCAUUGUAAUAUCACACAUCAAAAUAAAAACAGAAGAAUUUUA